GUUUCAAAGUUUCGGAAGAGAAUGCUGACUGUUUCACUUCCGAGUCAAAUUCCUGUCCACUACGCUGCUCUGUUGGUGGUCGUAGGGUGUGUAUGAAUCAUUCGAUUGUUCCCAUUCUAGGAUUGUCACCGUACAGCUCUGUUCCUUAAAAGGAGUACUGUCUGAACAUCAUUCACCAUGUCGAGUCGCAAAGCAAAGGGAAAGACAACAAAGAAGCGCGCUCAGCGCGCAACGUCAAAUGUGUUUGCCAUGUUUGACCAGGCACAAAUCCAGGAGUUCAAAGAAGCAUUUAACAUGAUUGACCAGAACAGAGAUGGCUUCAUUGAUAAAGAAGACCUUCAUGAUAUGCUGGCCUCACUUGGUAAAGAUCCUGCAGAAUGUUACCUGGAUGAGAUGAUGAAUGCUGCUCCAGGUCCAAUCAAUUUCACUAUGUUUUUGACUAUGUUUGGUGAAAAACUAAAUGGUACUGACCCCGAGGACGUCAUCAAGAAUGCCUUUGCUUGCUUUGAUGAAGGUGGAAAUGGCUUUAUCCCAGAAGACAGACUAAGAGAGCUUCUAACAACGAUGGGUGACCGAUUCACAGAUGAUGAGGUUGACGAGAUGUUCCGGGAUGCACCGAUCAAGAAAGGCAACUUUGACUAUAUAGAAUUCACUCGAAUCCUUAAGUAUGGCAAGAAGGAAAAAGAUGAUGAGUAGCUGUGCUGGUCUGAAGGAGUUGUUUUUUAACAUGCAACCUGUAUCGACAGUCCAGAUUUGUUUUGAUCAGAGUGUCUGCAGUCCAUGGUGUCUUUCAUCAUGCUAGUAUGUCAGUUACCUGCAUUUAGUUCUUUAGGGUGAUGAAAUAGUUCAUUUGCAAAUACUUGCAAGCUGUUCAUAGAAUAAGAAAACUGGGUUAAUUUCGUUCUAUGCAUCUUAUAAAAGAGUCUGCGUGUUCAAAUAAAGACUACUACUUUAGAUCAUCUUUAUCUCACAGAAGAACAUCUUCACUUUAAUGAUCAUUUUAAAGAGAAAUGGUGUAUUGGGAAAAAGUACCCUUUUUUCAUAGACAUAAAUAAUUCAUAAUAAUAGAUCACCUGAAAGGUGGUAAAAUUGCAACUGCAUAAAAUGUGAACUGUGGCAAGGGGGAUAAAAUGUAUGUCGCUACCAUCUUGUGAAUAAGGUGUAUGGAAAUUUGAAUAUUUCUUUCUUUUAUGCGUCUUUCCUACUACAGCAAAUAUGCGGUACCUAAUGUUUUGUAAGUGCAGCUCUGCAUGAUUUGCUUUGUGCUAAGGACAAGACGAAAAGUUUCCUAUAUGCUUGAUAGUGUAUGCUCUCCCUUGGUGACAGUUUGCCUUGUGGCAGGGAGUAAAUGGCAUUAUAGCCAGGUAGGGAGGAUGACAAAGUCUUGGUUUUAUGAAGGUAACAUUUCUGAUGGCACAUAUUUGAUAUUUACUGCUGCAUUCCUGCAUGAUAAUUUGGACCGCAAAAUAAUUCUAUGCAUUCCUUAGUUUGGGACCAAUUGGCAGGAGCAAGCGUUCAAGUGUCCUUGCCCUAUUCCUGAAGCGUAAUGUUUGUAAUGCUAUUUACUUUAUUUCUUGCAUGAUUUAUAUACAAGAGUGUAAUAUUUACACUGAAAUGCACAUUCGCAGACGUGGAACCAUUGAAACCUGACGUGCAAAAAUGGUUACGAGGACCAUUUGUGAGGAUGAGCUUUGCAGGCUGCAUCUUUUGAGCUUAAACAUGUGCUUCAGCAUUGUACAUUAUUGUAAAUGCUGGCAAUCACAUUCCUUGCAUUUCAGUUUGUUUAGUUGCUGUAUAUACCUUGGAUAUGCUGGCUAAAAGCAAUGGAAUGUUAGAUUUCCAUGAUGCUUGUACUUCAUAACUACUGCUUUUCACAUUUGCUUAAUUCUCUUUUGUUCAGUACCAUGCUUUUUCCUUUGUCAUGCUUACAUGCUGUCAUUCUGCAUUUAAUUGUAAAUGUGGCACUGCUAAAAACAAAACACUAGCACUGCUAUUCCAGAUUGACUGCACCUUACUCCCUAGUUUCCUUCCUCCCCAAAUAGAGACAAGCUUUCCUGGGUUUCUUUUUCAUGCCUGAACACCAGAAAUAACCUUACACCAGAAGGUUUUGUAUAGCAUCUUAAGCAGUCUUCUUUCAAAGAUUUUAUUUUAACAUACUGAUCCAGCAGAUUUUACGAUAUGAGUAUACUACUCUUGCAUCACUCGGCGGGGACCCUGUAGCCAGAGCCAGCGUGUUAAAAUUGCCUAGAUGCCAAAAGUGGUUUUUGUUCACCCCACUGCUUUGGCAGAGUCCAUUCCAUUCUCAUGGGAACAAAAGUGGCUUAGUAUCUUACUUGAGAAAUUGUAUUUUGUUCAUCUAUAAUAGAAACUUUUAAUGCAUUUAUAAAUUAUACGUGAAAUAAAAUAACUAUCUUACA